UUUCCUUCGUAAUGAAAUGUGUAUAUCUGUGUAUAUAUAAUCCGUUCAUAGUUUGAUGUCUUUCUCUAGAACUAGAACAAUCCCUUUCUUUCUGCUUCUCCUUUCUAUUUCCAUUUCACUCCAAUGCGAUAGCAGCGUAGUGGACAAGAUUUAUCAGCCAUAGCCGACGAUUGAUUGAUUCACUCGCCAAGCAGGGAGUUUCAUCGCAAUGGCCCGGGUCCGAUUGGCCUCCGCCGUUGCUUUUCUUGCCUUUCUUGUUUUCCGACCUUUGAUGUGCCUAGGGAUUCGCUCUUUUCCGGCCGACGGUGGUGCGCCGAUGGGGUCCGAUGGGAUUGAGAGUUUGCUCCGGUUCGCCGAAGCGCCGGAGUAUCGUAACGGCGCCGAGUGUCCGGCCAGUUACGGCGGCGACUCGGUCGUUCACGUCGCGAUGACGCUCGACUCAGAGUAUCUCCGGGGGUCAAUGGCUGCGGUGCACUCCGUGCUCCGCCACGCCUCCUGCCCGGAAAACGUCUUCUUCCAUUUCGUCGCGGCGGAGUUCGAUCCGGUUAGUCCUCGGGUCCUGACCCGACUGGUCCAUUCCGUUUUCCCUUCUCUUAACUUCAAGGUUUACAUUUUCCGGGAAGACACUGUGAUUAAUCUCAUUUCUUCCUCGAUCCGACAAGCCCUGGAGAACCCGCUGAAUUACGCCCGGAACUACCUGGGCGAUAUACUUGAUCCGAGCGUGACCCGGGUCAUCUACCUAGACUCCGACGUCGUCCUCGUAGACGACAUACAGAAGCUUUGGAACAUUACCCUCGCCGGAAACCGGGUGAUCGGCGCCCCGGAGUACUGCCACGCCAACUUCACCAAGUACUUCACCGAUAGUUUCUGGUCCGACCCUGUUUUGUCCCUUGUAUUCAGUUCAAGAAAGGCCUGCUACUUCAACACGGGCGUGAUGGUGAUGGACCUGGAGAAAUGGCGGGCGGGUCAUUACCGGAGCAAGAUCGAGAGCUGGAUGGAGCUCCAGAAGAAGCGGCGGAUCUACGAGCUGGGUUCGCUGCCGCCGUUCUUGCUUGUGUUCGCCGGCGACGUGGAGGCAGUGGACCACCGGUGGAACCAGCACGGGCUCGGCGGCGACAACCGGAGCGGGAGCUGCCGGUCGCUCCACCCGGGUCCCGUGAGCUUGCUCCAUUGGAGCGGGAAGGGCAAGCCCUGGGCCCGACUCGACAUGAAGAACCCGUGCCCCUUGGAUUAUCUCUGGCAGCCGUACGAUCUGUACCAUCUCCGGCAGCAUCACAGAUUGAAGCAGCCGUUGUUAUCGACUUCCUCGCAUUCAAAUUUGAUUUGAUUUGAUUUUUCUUUCCAUUUUCUUUCAGAUAUUCAUUUCAUGGCCGUGUACAGAUUAUAUCUGUUCUUUUUCCUUUGAUUCUUGUCCUUUCAUUUACAAAAUUUGUGGGUUUUGGGUGCAUUUGGGAGGUGUUCCUGAUUUGGAACAAAUUUUGGGUGAAGAAGAGAAUAACAUCAUGUUGUUCUGUAAAUCUACUACCGAUUCCAAUCCAUUUUUACUGAUAAAUGAA